CGGCAGCAGCGGUAAAGAAACGGUAUCCAGCUCGUUUUUUAACGCGUAUUUCUCGUUAACGGCUCUUCGUUUCGGCCUCUGAGUUGUACUUUCGGACACGUUGACGGUUGAACUCGGUGGUUGAACCGGUAAAAGCCGCCAUGGCGUCGCCGCUGCAGAUGACGGAGAUGUACGACAACGCUCUGCUCGGGAUCCUGCAGCACGUAGGAAACAUCCAGGACUUUCUACAGGUCUAUUUCGGGUUUCUGUACCGAAAAACCGACUUUUACCGGCUGCUGUCCGGCCCCGACGACAGGAUGGGCUUCCCUCCCGGUGUGGCGGAGAAGAUGGUGUUCAAGACGUUUAAGCUGUUUGAGAAGCUGGCGGAGCACGACAGAGAGCGGCAGCAGAGCGCGCUGCAGAGGAGGGAGGAGAGCCAGGCUGCUCCUCCUGCAGUUCAGGAGCUGGAGGUGGCUGCAGAGGAGGAGCAGGAGCAGCAGAACACAGAGGAGGCGCAGACGGAGAGCUCUCCCUCAGAGGCCGGAGCAGUUUCAGCUCCUUCAUCCUCAGAGGCGACCGUCGGCGCUCCGCGGGGCGGCUGCAGUCCGUCAGAGCAGACAGAGCAGGAGGAGGCCGCAGCCGCAGCCGCAGCCGCAGACAGAGCUGCAGCCGCAGACAGAGCUGCAGCUGCAGACACAGCCGCAGCCGCCACGACCUCCGCAGGACAGAGUCAGGAGACGUUUCAGUCGGACUCCGACAGUUACAACGGAGCCGUGAGGGAAAACUACAGCUGGUCUCAGGACUACACCGACGUGGAGGUCCGCGUGUUUGUGCCCAAGACCGUCGUUAAAGGCCGACAG